GUAUGCUAUAGCUAUAGACGGAUGUGCGGGAGUUUGUGACGCGUAAUGAAGAGUGGUUGGCUGACCGUCAGGAUUUUUGAAUCGUUCGAUCGUUUCUGCGUAUAAUUUUUGUUUUGACUGUUACUACUUACUUAAACUUCAAUCUUUUGCAGUGUUGACUAACUUGGUAUUAUGUCUGCCUAUUUACGGUUUCUUUUGUGCAAAAAAUUGAUUUUUCAGAGUGCACGCGUAUACUCUUCUGCGCUUUAAAUAUAAAUAAGUAGGGUAAAGGCAGUCGCCUUUGGAUACUUAUUGGUCGGACAUUUCAGCUGUAUAUUUAGUUUUAAAAGACUAAACGAAAAAAGUAAUAUCGAAAAUUUGUUCACUGGAUACUGUAGCACAAUUUAAAAAAGGUUAUAGGACGAAAUAAAACAGAAAAAGUACCUCCUCUAUUUGCAUUCAUAUAAUGGCCGACCACUGGUCUUAAUCAGAAAGUUCAUGCACUUUAUUUAAUUAAAUUUUGCGGUUGCAUAAUUUUCUGUCUUGCUGAUCUUAAUCUAAAACAAGCAUUAUUGUAUGUCAAAGGAAUUCACUAACUCCUAUAAAACUAACACGAAAGUUUAUCGCCUGCGAUAGACGAUAUGAAACGGCAUGAGCCAAGACAGAUGCUCUCUUGGCUCAUAUGUGCUCACGUGGUCGGGCCGAAAUCACGAAACGAAACUAUACGCAACUGCGCUAGGUAGCUGAAUACGAUCGAAGCCCGCAUCAGUCGCGCAAAGCCGGCGAGUCACGACGGACGCUUUGAGAGCAGCUUUUCUUACUUUUCUUCAAUCGAAUCUCCAAAGACAUCGUCAUGUGUGGACUGUGGGCUCUAUUUGGUCUCGACACCAAUUCCCUCACCUGCGUCUGCGACAACUUUUCCAAGAUUUCGCACAGAGGACCGGACGCUUUUAAGAUCGAGCACGACAGUCGGGUCAAGAAUGCUUACCUGGGAUUCCACAGGCUGUCGAUUGUCGAUGGACUGUGCGGAAUGCAACCUAUCAGGGUGUUCAAGUAUCCCCUGCUGUUCCUGUUGUGUAACGGAGAGAUUUACAACUACAAAAGUUUGAGCAAGGAGUACGGUUUUGAAUACUCAACGAAAUGUGAUAUCGAGGUACUCAUGCAUCUGUACGCCACCAAGGGUGCCGAUGGUGUCUGUAAGUCUCUGGAUGGUGUGUUUGCAUUCUGCCUGUUGGACAUUGAAAAGAGGAAAAUUUUACUUGGCAGAGAUCCAUAUGGUGUCAGGCCUCUUUUUAGAGUGGUCACUGCUAAUGGCCAAUUGGCUGUGUCUUCUGAAAGUAAAGCAUUGACAGGAAUCGCAAACCUCUUGACAGGAGAUCAUGUGGUAGAACCAUUCCUACCAGGAACGUUUGAAGAAUAUGAUCUUUUAGAGGAUGGUCAUGUCAAGUUUAUCAGGAGGGAGAGGUACCAUGAGCCUGGACAGAAACCAAGCUUCACUACCUUUGUUCCCUGGAAUGAGCUGAGUUCAAAAGAUAUUCACGAGAAUAUCAGAAAAUUAUUCUCAGCUGCUGUGGAAAAACGUUUGAUGGCCGAUAGAAGAAUAGGAUGCAUGUUGUCAGGAGGCUUGGAUUCCAGUUUAGUGGCUGCCUUGCUUGUAAAAUAUGCCAAACAGCACAACUUGCCAUACAAAAUUCAGAGCUUCUCCAUUGGUAUGGAGGGCAGUCCAGAUAUUCUGGCAGCAAGACAGGUCGCUGAUCACAUUGGCACUGAACAUCACGAGAUAAUUAUCACGCAAAAGGAUAUAACAGAUGUACUAGAGAAAGUUAUUUAUUACACUGAAACUUUUGACAUUACUACCAUCAGAGCUUCCAUUGGAAUGUACCUAAUUUCGAGAUACAUCAAAAACAACACAGAAACCACAGUAAUCUUCAGUGGUGAGGGUGCUGAUGAAUUGGCACAGGGCUAUAUUUACUUCAGAGAUGCACCAAGUGCGUUUGACGGUCACAAAGAAUCUCUAAGACUGCUAAAAGAUAUUUACUUGUACGACGGACUUCGUGCCGAUCGGACAACCAGUGCAUUUAGUCUAGAAUUGAGAGUACCAUUUUUGGACUUGCAAUGGACUAACUACUAUCUAUCGCUUGACCCGUCUCUGCGACAACCACAAAACGGUGUGGAGAAACAUUUACUCAGAUCUGCAUUUGAUGGAACUGGUUUGCUGCCAGCAAACAUUCUGUGGAGAGGCAAAGAGGCAUUUAGCGACGGCGUGACAAGCGUAAAAAAGAGCCUGUUCCAAAUAAUCGACGAAAUCGUUCAAGAAAGAGUUCAAGACGAGGAUCUACAAGCUGCCUAUGAAAAAUACCCGCAUUGCACACCAAAGACAAAAGAAGCAUACUAUUACAGGAAAGUUUUUGAAUCCCAUUACGGCGGAUACGCGGAAUCUCUAAUUCCAUACUAUUGGAUGCCUCAGUGGGUCAAAGGCGUGACGGAUCCUUCGGCUCGCUUCAUCUCUCACUACGAGAACAAGAACAAAGUGUAAAUACGUUAUUUGAUUAUGACUUAUUUUUUGUACAACGCUCGUUGAACGAGAGACUGUUAAAACUUGUUAAUAAUAAGUUUAUAAAGAAAGCCAAGGAAAAAUA